AUGGUGCCAAAGGUAACUCCUCUGAAAGGGUUUCCUCUAUCCGAUGAACUCCAAAGGCAACCAGUGCAACCAGGGUUUGAACUGCCACAGCUUUCGGUGUACUCCGAAAGGGAAGAUCCCGAGAAGCACUUACAACGUUUUGUCGCAGUGGUCGUACUACAUGGGUGGAAUGAGAUCACCAGGUGCAGGGCCUUCCCACUCUCCCUGGUAGGACAAGCUCAGCAGUGGUUCACUGAAAUACCAGCUGGACAUAUACGAUCAUUCGAGCAAUUGAAGAAAGAAUUCCUAAAUGCAUUCUCCAUCUAUCUCCCAAAAAAGAAGAGCGCAAUAUAUCUAAUGAGCUUGCAGCAGAAGCCGAAUGAAUCCCUAAAGCAAUACAUCGAGCGAUUCAGAGCCGGGACGCAAGAAGUCAGGGAUCUCCCAGCCGGAUUGGCGGCGUCAGCCCUACUAAAUGGAACUACAUACACCCCGCUUAGAAGAUCCUUAGCUUUCUCUGAGCCAAACUCUUUGACGGAGUUGUUAGACCGAGCAGAACAGUUUAUCAUUCAAAUGGAAAUUUUGGACGCAGGGGAAAGUAAUAGAAGAGGGAGGGAAACUCAGCACGAAGUGCGAAGAACCCAACAGGUACUUACCCCCCACACGAUAAGCCGAGGCGGUAGGGAAAGCUUGGAACACCGUGCACCUCGAGAAGUACUUCCCAACUUUAGCCCUAGGGGAACGGACGAAGUGCGAGAUGCAAAGUCGAGCCUGUCAUCUGAAGCGUUACUCGGCCCGGUUGAAGGCCGGAAUUGUCCUUAA